AUGGCGAACAUGAGCAGUAGUGUGUGCAUGGAAACUCCACACGCUCAUGGCCACGCCCACGGCCACACCCACAACUACAACCCCACCCCCGGACGGGACUUUCCUCUUCAGAUCGACUCGUGCAUGAACCCGGUGUUGGACUACAGCGCGCAGAUGGAGCGUUACCGCUCGUUCGCCACCUUCUAUAAGAACAGCACGGCCGCCGGCGCCACGCCGUUUCCCCAAACCGCGAAAAUCGCACGAAUCGCCACGCCCCUAUUCCCAUCAGCACGCUUAUCCGCGAUGCCACCCUGGCCGUGUGACAACGCCAUGCUAUGGGGGCGAAAGCCCGCCACGGUUAACGUAAACGGACCUCAUACACAUCGGACAGGCAUGUCAAGGGCUGAGCAGGUGAACGGGCACAUGUCCGCCAAACACAUUCCACAAGACUCCGCCCUCUCGAUGGGUGACAACUUCCUGUCGCCGCUGUCCGCGGAGCAGUGCCGCGGUCUCCCCGUAACGGGCGCCGAGUGCAUGAACCGACUGAAGUGCCCGCCGUCGGGGCCCCCCGGGGAGGCGGAUCGAGGCGGGACGUUUGGAGGGAUGCCCCCUUUGGGGGGGCUGUCGUUACCGCCAGGGGUCAUCGUCAUGACGACGCUUCACUCCGGUGCAGGGUCAUCCGGGGUUACGAUGUCAGACAGCGCGUUUCAGAUCGCUAACGUGGCGGCGGACUGCCAGCACAGCGGCUCGUCUUGCUCCGGCUCGCCCGCGGCUCUGAACGGGAACGGGAGUUGCAGCAGCGGGAACAGCAACGGUAGCGGAGCGGCUAAACGUAAACGCAAGCGGUGUGGCGUCUGCGCCCCCUGCAGGAGGCUCAUUAACUGCGGCGUGUGCAGCUCCUGUCGGAACAGAAAGACGGGUCAUCAGAUUUGCAAGUUCAGAAAGUGCGAAGAACUCAAGAAGAAGCCGGGCAGCACGAUGGAGAGAGCACCGUCAGCAGGAGCCGCUGACACCUUCCGCUGGUUCUUCUGAAGGGCUCGCCAACAAACCACAUCAUAACACCGGACUCAAAGCUAGAAGAACUGCAGGUCAUACGCCUACAAUCCGAUCAUACGGUUCCGCAAUCAGGGAAUCUCUCCGAACUCCUCGCUUUCUAGCCCUUCCCCUCAGGACUCACUGUGGCAAUGGGGCAUCAGGUGCACACGCCCCGUCGAGGGCCAGUCUCCGGGCUCACCUCACCUCAAACAAACACCAAUGGCAUAGAGAAACAGAGACUUGAUUCCAGUCGUAUCAGGACCCCAUCCGAGCUCAAAGGAACAGUUCACCUGGCUGAAA